UGGGAUAAAUGAGGUAUAAAAAUUGCCAAAUUGCACAUGAUAGUAAAAGUUGUACAGUACAAAAACUGAAUGAUUUACCAAGUUUGAUAACGUUUUUAUUAUUCUUUACCAAAUUAUCUCUCAUUUUUGUCAAAGAGUUUAAGAACUUAACAGAAAUAAUGCUGCAUAAAUAAGUGUAGGGCACAUAAGUGUAGGGUACAAGUGUGUAAAAAUUCCCUGCACUCAUAACUGUGAUUGGCUUUGGCUUUUAUUUCAUUACCUGAACUUCUAAGUGUAGUUUAACAGUGUUCAUGUUCAUCUGCUGAAUGGAGGGAUUGUCUCUUUGCUGAAAGAUUAGUCUGCAUGAUUGGAGGCAUCACAAGAUGUGACAGGAACGACAAUGCAAACUCAACAAGUGAGGUGUGACGUGCACACAUGAAUCAUUCACCGCUCAUAUAUUGAGAAUGGACUUCUCAGGUGAGCUGUGAAACAUACUUAACCUUGAAAUAAACAAUAGUUUGAAACAGAAGUUUACAAACUGCUUUGACAAACAGUUGCAAAGCACAGAACAUCAGCAUGUGAAAAUAAAAACAAAUAAAAAACUAAAGCUCAGUUAAAAACAAGGCCUCUGAAACUGAAUGCCAAUUUCAGUUUUCAUAAGAAACCCAGACAAUACAAGAACACUGCAACAUAAAAUGAGACCAUGAGGACCGAAAUAAAAACAUAAAACAGGAAAGAAGAAGAAAUGAAAUAGAAAAGGCGGGCAGAAAGCAGGAAACAGGAUAGUAAGUAUAAAAGAGGAUAUUAAUAAUGAUAAUAAAAUAAUAAUUAUGAUAAUAUUAAUGAUCAAAUGGAAUAAUAAAACUGGAAUUAUGAGUCAUAUAUUCUUAAAUGAUGUUCAUUUUUAGCCUACAAAGUGGGAUCUGAGUAUUUCACACAAGGAAUUAAAGGCAGAGUGAGACCUCCCUCUUACUAUCACUUUGGGGGAAAGCGAGAGAGUAGCAGAGUCAGAUCGGUGACGCGCAGACAUCGCUUUUUCAGGUCACCAAAAUGAGCGUAACACCAGUGGAAUCAAUCUCUCGCCGCUCUGUCACGGCAGACUCGGCUGUGUUUGAUUCAGUUUUUUACAAACAAUUACUCUCAGAAUUUAACUUCGACGUUUCCCGUUGAACCUUGCAGAUUUAGAUGAUUAAAAUCGUAGCAGGUCGUGAUUUUGAGGGGAAACCGGUAAAACAUUUUGUUCGACCCAGCCUCAUUUCCUGACCACCAAAAAGCAUACAUUUACUGUUUUUUUUUUUUUUGCAUUUUAAGACGCUACAUGUCCCAAUUUCACCGGGUAGUGUUAGAAUCUGUUGCUUUUUUCGCUUUAUUUUAUGCUGAUUCAGAAGUGAAAUGACAUGAAUGAGCAGCAGCUUUCGAGCUAAAACGCCGGUUUUAUCUCAGUCAUGUAAAAACGGUCAUGAAUGAACCCAACAGGCAACGCAGGAAGGAGGAGACAAGCACGAACUCUCCCCCCUUUUUUCUCUCUCCAUGUUUCCUAAUGGGUAUGGUUGCUCCGUUCUCACACAUCCCUCACGUUUCUACACCCCCCUCCUCUCCUCCUCCUCCCUCCUUUGUAGAAAAAAAAAUACGGGAGGAGGAGGAGGAGGAGGGUGAGGGAAAAAAAUGAAGUCAAUUAUACAACACCCGGCUCUCCUCUCCUCAGCUCCAUCCUCUGAUCUCCUCUCUAUUACUAGGCCUACUACAGCUGGUGGCUUCACAUGCGCAGCGGCGCUCCGUAGGCUUCACCGGGUUCACCGGCUCCAGUCUGUAGGUAUGUCGGCCGGUGGCUCCGACGGGCACGGGGACAGGCAGGCAGGUAAGUGUCGGGGGGGACGGGUUACUUGGGGGUGACAGCCGUUGACUUGUUAAACUGUGUGUAUUUAAGCUCUCUUUUUGGCGUUAUUUAUCCAUCAUUAGUAUGAAACAAAAUCAGUUCAGCUGCAAUAGUUUAAUUUAAACUUCUGCUCAAAGUUAUUUCCGUCUUUGUUUUUGACUAAUCAGGAUGUGGUCUCACUGCCUGAUCGGAAACAUGUUUCUGUGAACUUUUAUUCAAUGUUAAUAAAACUUUAAAGGAUGUGACAGCAACAAGCGAGCACUCAUCUGUUAACGGUAACCGUAACGACCGAAGCAGCUAACCGAACAGAGGAAUUAGGAAACCCGGUAACACAACCUGCACCGGGGGGCUGGAGCAGCCAGCCCCGCUAACCUACUCUACCGAAAACCUCAAUUGGCAGCCGGUGAACGGUGUCGCCGCCAGCAUAAUAUCACCGGUGAAGCUGCCCAUUCAUUAUUCUGUUUUACGUGCUCGUCUCCGGGGUGUUGUGCCGUAGAAUGCAUCCCUGUCGAAGAAUGCACCCACUGCAUCCCAUCCACUCGUUAGCUUCUUAAACUGGAAGAAAAUGAUCUCAUAUUUUGAAAAAAAACACGAUUGUUGGAUCAUGACAUCAUGUAAAAUGGAGCGGCAAACUUUCGCUCUUUUGUAUGUGUCUCAAAAUGCACAUAUAGAGGUGAACUUCGGUAUAUAAACUGUACAGUUAGCUGUCAAGGUAGAGAACGUCAUAUUCUCAGGAGGGCUUUUGUUUGAAUUAAAUCAUGAAAGGCACGCGCUUUUUAAUUUAUCCAACGGUCAGGAAAACUUCAGUUAUUUCGCCUUGUUGUGUACUUUAAACGUCAGGGGGUGCAUUCUUCGGCAGGGGUGCAUUCUACGCCAGAACACCUAUUGGCGGCGGAACGCGCGCGGAGAGAUGGGGGGGAGCUUUGUUCCGUUCCGUUCCGGGAGGGAACGCUGUAGAAGGACCCGUCGAAUCACGUGACCGUCACCAUGACGACGACGUUCCUUUAACCUUAACAAACAUUUUUAUCAUGCCAACUCGAGCCGUAUUUUUAGUUAGUUGAACGCUUUUCCCGUUAGUUACCCACGCAGCGUGUUUCUUCCCCCAAACCUUCACGAAGAGGGGAGGGUUAAGUUUGUCACGUGGGUUCACGAGGGUUGCCUGUGUCUUUUCUCUGCCGUUCGGCUCCUUCUUCUCUCGGAAAGUGGGUCAGUGGAUCAGUGGAGCAGCGCUGCCUUCACCGGCCAGCAGGGGGAGGUAGUGGCUCCCUGCCGCCCCUGAAAUCAGACCACGAAGCACUGCAGUAAUGUCGGCCAUCGAAACUUUUGGCAGGAACCGCCUCUGCGGCUGCUGCUCCGACUCUAAAUUUAAACUUAAUUCAAUUAACCCUCUGGUUCAUAGUGGUCACUACAGUGGACAGCUACCAAAAACUCUUUUUCUCUUAAAUGCAAUGGUUUCUAUGGUGGAAGUGUAUAUCAGCCUCUAGGGUGCUCUCUACUGCCCUACUCCAUUGAGUUACAUUUAGUGAGUAAUCAGUGUAACUGCAAGUAAAUUUCCUACAAAUCCAAGAUGGCCGAGAAACAGCCACCCCUGCUGACUACAGCUGGCAUGUCCUGUCAAUACUUCUAUAGUAGAAGAACCCCAGCUGUAAAAAAAAUAUGAUGAUAUACUGUAACAUCUAAGGAAGGAUAUUAUCCAUUUGGAAUUGAAAAUUUCAUGUCCAAUAUGUAGAAAAUUACAAUUAACCAUGUGUCCAACUGAGUGGACAUCAUGCAUCACCCAGUAUUUUUUUUAACAGGAGUCAUGUAAUUGCUCCACUGGUACUUGUGGCUGUUUUGGUUAUAAAUCAGUGUAUACAGUGUAAUCAGUGUGUAACAGUGACCAAGAGUGGCUGCCAGAGAAGAAUAGACAUGUAGGGGCUGAGGAUGAUGGAGAUACAGACAGUCAGGGUGCAGAAAGGGUAGAUGCCUAUAGUCAAGUGGAUGAGGACCAGGAUGAUGAGAGGCAGGAUGCAGGGGAAGGUCAGCAUGAUCAGGGAGCUGUGGAAAAUGGGCACAUGACACCUGACCAUUCUCAAGCUCGCAAAAAUUUCUGGAAAGUCCAAGACAAUCACUUUGAUAGAGAUAUGUCUCCUUUUCUAGGAGAGUGGAAAUUCAAUGUGGAGGGAAGAGAGCCUAUAGACCUAUAGACCAGACAUCUGUUUCCAGCAGAUCUCAUUGAUGAUAUAGUGAAAAACACCAAGUUGUAUGCUCCCCAGAAAGGGAAAGAAAAUCUGGCAGUGACAGGAGAAGAAAUGCAGACUUUUUUAGGAAUCAAAAUGAUCAUGGGCUACAUUCGUUAUCCCAGGGCACACAUGUACUGGUCUAGUGAGGAUGGCCUUCGUCUAGGGAUGAUUGCAAAUGCCAUGUCUGUAAACAGAUAUGAGCAAAUCCUGUGCUCAUAUAAAGCCUGUGUGCCAUUGUGCCCUGGAUGCUUUGCCAACUUUCAUACAUCCUAGGUGUGAUGAGCAGAGACAUGUUUAGAGAUGCAGGAACUAAAAUAUCAGUUUUUGUUGUUGAAAACAACAUGCUCGUAUAAGGGCAUGGUAAUGUCAGUCCUGAAUCUUUAUAGUACUGUGGGGAUUUACAAUAUUGUUUCCAAUGUUGGAGAUAGUUUGGCAUAUUUUGGUGUACUGUACUUUUUACUGUAAGUUCAUAAUGUUUUGUGUUGAGUGCUCAGGCGCAUAUAGUCCACUUGAAUGGACACUUCUGUAGUUUUGUGAAAAAAUAACAUUUUUGGAAAAAAACAAUUUUACAUGUUCUUUUAUGUCCUGAGAAUGAUAAAAACACUUAUGAAAAAAAUCUUGAUCAGGGCUUUCAUAAUUCAUGCAUCAGAGGGUUAAACACGUUAGAAGCUUGAAAAAUAACACAGACGAUAGAAAGUAAAGUUUUAUCUCCUCAGUGCCAUAUGUCUUUUAACACUAACCGUUUAAUACCGCGACGGGACAGGAAUAGACAAUAUGAAAAAAGUAAAAAAUGUAUAUUUAACAGUUAAAAUGAUGAGUAUUUUAUAUUAUCAGACGAAUUUUAACGGAAAUUAAUUCAAUACGUUUUUAAAUUCGAUUUCAAUAAAGUCGGUGAACAGGUAGCCUACAUAUGAAAAUAUGAAUUCAUAUUUAAUUGGCCGUUUAAUAUGAAUUUCUCACAGAAACGACGAUUUAACUUUUAGACUUCGUAUUAAAAACAGACCCACGUCACAUUUAGGUGCAAACUUACUCAAGUCAAUGCAAGAAAAAUAGUUCAUAUGUUAAAUUAAGGCCAUUCUUGUUAUAUAUAUUAUAAAUUACUAUAAUUCACAAGAAGAACAACCUUCAAAAUUUUACAUUUAUCAACUUAAACAUAAACUUUCUCAUUUAUAGUUCUCAAAUACCACAUCCUAUGUAUAUUAUUCCCUCUAUUUGAUAUAGUGCAUUGAUAAAAUGAUAACAAUUAUUAGUUACAUAUUUAAACAGGCCUUUACCUCCCCCGGUUUUAACUAAUGCUCUAUUUAUGCCAUUGUUUUUUUUUUUAUUGUUAUUUGAUUUUACUUGAUGUGUAUGAGUGUAUUUUGAAUUUUUUACUGUGAAGCACUUUGUGAAUCAUUUCUAUGAAAGGUGCUAUAUUAAAUAAAUUUUACUUACUUCCUUACAUAUAUUUUAAUAAUGAUAAUAAUAAUAGGAGGAAUGGGGGGAAAAAAAGCAAAUUUCAGGUCAGAGUACUUAUAACAUUAAAACAAGUCCUACAAUUUUACAAUUUCAAGGAAAGAGUGAAUUUUUUUUUUCAAAUCAACCCUAUAACAUGUCCGACUUCUACAUUAUCUAAGGGUGUGACUCGCCAAAAAGUAGAUGGUUGAAUUGUAGUCGAAGUAAAUGUGUCUCCUACAAGGUUUCUCCUUCUCAUUUUUAUUUCUUAUAAGAUUUUGGAGGAUCUAAAAUAUGUAUGGUAAAAUAUCAAACCUAAUUUGAUCACAUUUUAGGAAUCCACAUUUUACAAGAGCAAGAAAAUUAAAAUAUGUCCUCUUUUAAAAAUGCUCAUGGGUGUUCUAUUUUUCCUCAGUGAAACCAGGCAACUAAAGUGAAAACAACUUUUCAACUUAAACCUCUUAGAAAAUUCUUGGCAAAGGUCAUCACUCCUGUGCUUACAGUAAAAAUGGCACAUAAAGAAGUGAAUACAUAGAGCUUAAUUUCUUUCUAUAUUAUCUUGAAGUUGAUUUACAUUCGGAUAAUCAUAUCAGAGAAUUUACUUUAUUUAUUCUGUAUACAUUUUAUUGUCCAUACCUGUAAAUUUAUCUGUUCUGUCAGUGUAAUUUAUUUUCUAAAUGAGUCAGUAAAAUGUUAAAUUGCGUCUUUACAGAAUAUGCAUUGUGCUUUUUGUGAGGAGUGGCAGGAAUUGUAGGUCAGUCAACCAGAAAUAACCUAGAACAUACUGUACUGCGAGUCCAGGAUUUAAGACUGGCCUUGCUUCUUUGCCAUCAAUCCUAAACUACAACACUGGUGGUCAUGUUCUUGAUAGCUACUCUUGAGACCCUACGCUGUAAUGCGACUAUAAUGACCUCAACAGCUUGAGCUUGUAAGAUAAUUUGAGUUAUCUGAUUUUUCUACAUGUGACCUAGUUCCAAAAAGGCGGUCAGCAUUGGUAUGGAAACUUUCUCUGUUCCUUUUAUAGACAAAUAUCUAAUAAUAAGUUAUUCAUCAAUAUUUCUAACUUUAUAACUUAACUGCUUAAUGACAUUUUAACUGCUAGAGCUGCUGACGCCACUAUAUUAUCUCUUAUAACUUGUGCUUUUCACCAUGACUAAAGCUUCAUUCACCAUUCUGCUACCACAAAAACUUCCACUGCUUGUUGUUGCUCAGCUUUCUGUGUGAUUGUUUUUGACAGAACUUGAUAUUUUGCAUUUUUGUGGGAAGCAUGUGCCUCUUUUUUUGGUGUUUUUAAAUGAUUUCUUCGAAGUUACUCUCUUUUAAAGACUCUUUUCCAAGCCUUUAAAUGUGACUUCAUGUACUUGUGGUUGCCAACAUUUUAUGUUGUUUGAUUAUUUUAUUGUUCUGUGGCUCUUUGUUACUGUAUUUGACUCUUUGUAAGUGUUUAAAGAGUUUUUCAUCUUUUUUUAAACUUCUUUUGGAGGUUACUUUAUGUCUUUUUUCCUAUUAUAUCUGAUGGUCUUGUUAGUAUUCAUCGUUUCUGGAGUUUUGGGUUGUUGUUUUUUUCUUUGUUACACAAAAUUCUUGAAAUUAUUUUGUGUAUUGUGUAUUUUCUGUCCCUGUAGUUGUUUAAGUCGUUGUGUUGUUGAUCUCUAAAGUAUCUCUGUGUUGUAGUUUUUGAGCCUUUGUUUGCUAGUUUAUCUCUUUGUGUCAGUUGUGUGUCUUCUGGAGUUGUUAUUGUUGACUUUUGUGUCUUUUUUUAACACUUUUGGCUCACUGUGUUGUUGAUUUAAAUCCCUUUGAAGUUGUGUCUUUGUAGUUGUUGUUUCUAUUUGAUCACUUGUUGCCUCUUUGUGUCUGUUUUUCGUCACUCUGUAGUUGUCUUUUUGUCUUUUUUUCCUGUUUUUUCUGUCGUCAGGACACCAACCAUUGUCCUGUCAGUCAACCAACCAUUAAGCCGACACCUUUGCCUAAUCACACUCUAGCAGACACCGGCCAUAUUGCCUCACUCCUGUCAGUAGAUGCUGCUCGCUCUUUUGCCAGAAGGGCUUCUUGUAUGAAUCUCAAACUCCUGCUGCUGUUACAAGCUAAGAGUAUGAACUUGUCAAAAAAGCUGUUAAGUAGAAGUGUUUUCUACCUCCUUUUUUGCUUAAAAUAGAAACAACAGACUCAAUCACAUGUAGCUGUUAUUGUUUAAGUUAAAGUUUGAGGCCAUUUUAAAUCGUCAAAGCAGAGAAAUCUUGUUUAUUGCUUAUUCUAGCAUGUCUGACAGCUAUGAAGAAGAAGCCAGUCUGAGGUUAGUGGGCUAUCCCAGCUGUAUACUGGAUCCAUUGUUGCAGUUGUUAGGAAACUGUGGAGUCAUAGUUCUUAUAUCUACCAAAGCUGACCCAAAAUGAAAAAAAUAAAACUGGAUGUUGGGAGCAGAUAAAAGCGUUUUUUUCCUCAGGAGUAUUAUCUCCAGCAUCUGCCUGACAUUUCGAUUUGUUAAGAGUUAAUGUUGCCAACACAAAUUCAAACAGCAGAUAACAUAGUUCCCAACACAGUUCUCGAGCUCGGAGUGAUAAGCUCUUUGUGCCACCAAGGAUACUGAUCAGAGGUUUCGGUAAUAAAAACAGCUGUCUGUAUCAGUGCCACUUUUUAAAACAGACUUUAAAAGUUUUCAGAGGACUUUAAAGAGCGAAAAAGAAGACAAACGAGCGCUUGUGUUGGCAGAAAGUACAAAAAGAAGUCUAGAAGGAGGAAGUCUGUGUUUAUAUUGACUGCAGGCUUUCGCUGUUUGAACACGGACACUAAUGGAUUAUUAAAACUGCAAAGAGUAGCGACCUUGGUGCUUUUGAAGAAUUUUCCUACCGCGGCCUUGACACAGUCAUCCGGCUUUUGAAUGUCAACACUGAGAGGCUGCGUUUGAAGGUUUUUGCAUGAAAGGCUAAUUGUGCGAACGCAGACCAUCCAUCAUUGGACUAACAGAAUCCUGGCUGAUCGCUCGAUUCAGGAAUGAUAAAUGUUGAGUUUUUUGUAGCUCGAAAGGAUGUGGAUGACGAAGGUUCGCUUCAACACUUAUGUCAUCAUUUCUUUGUCCUCUCUGCUGUGAAUGUUGUUGAUGAUUUUUCUGUCAAAAGAACUUAUUUGAUGGAGAAGAGAAAUGUAGGACAGUUACAUUUACAUGCUGAAAUUGGGCCAGCUUUGCAAGAACAAUGUGUAGGUGUGUUAAACAGUUUCAUCCAUUACGUCAAUGUGCAGAAACCUGCUCCUCUCACUCAUGUAGCAUUGUAGGACAAUGUAAACACGCAUAAGGUAAAUUUACAGAUUAAUUAAAGGCUCAAGAGUCAUUAAUGAAACGCAAUUUUCCCACAGUUCUCUCUGUGAGACUUAAAUCUAAACGUGACCGAGCCUUUACUGUCAGGGCCUCAUGACGGAGGAGCGAGCUGCCUGAGGACAUUAACGUCAGAGUCUGUGACGUCUUUAACUCUAAAUCACGUAGCUUAUGUGUGAUGUCUUCUUUGAAAUACAUUUUUUAAAUAAUUCUCUGCUUUUAUUCUAAUUAUUCAGAUAAAAAUGCAGUUUAAUUUAUACCUAUUUCUGACGCCUUUUAAUCACUUUUAUUCAUUCACUUAUUAAUAUUAUCAUUACGGAUUAAUAAUAAAACAAAUAAGUAUUAUUAUUAUGUUUAUUUCAGUGAGUAAAAUCUACAGUUAGUAGUGUUUGCUCACCAGUUGGAGGCACAUCCCAACUAUUCGAGAUGUGAAAGCUCACAAGCUCUGAUGGUUAGUUUGGUUGUGAGACUUUAUAAAGUGUCUGUGCAGUUAUAGAAAAUUAAAAUAACAAGGGGAAAGUAUAAAGCACAUGUUAAAAGCUCUUCAGAGAAUAUAAAAUACUAAAUAAACUUGAUAAGAACUGUAAGAAUACACCAAAAAAAUUUCAGACUCAAUAAGUAAAGUGGUGUUUUUUUGUUUGUUGUUUUAUUCAUGGCAGCUUUUUGUGGUCAUGAAUUACAGCUUUGUUCUAUAUCUGCUGUAAUUUAAAUUUUGCAGACUGUGCCUUUAAGUAAAUAUUAACAAAACUAUAAAAUAAAAUAAAACUGUUGCUGGAAUUUGUUUCCCAAUAAGAUGCAAUAACUGUCAAAUAACCUCAAAUUAACUCAGUGUUUAAAUUCUGUAGUUAAAUAAACUCAUUAAAUGUAAAAAACUUCCUGAUUGUUGUCAAACUUUUGCGAGACAGCUUAAUUAAAAAUGGAGCCGCUUUAAAUCUGAAGCCAACUCUUCGUCUUCAGGGACGUGUUUGUGCAUGUAGUGGAGAAAACUCGAGCUGAAAAUCAAAAGUUCAACAUUAGAAACAAAAACAUCCCACAAAAACUUUAAUUUAUGGUAAAUUUAACGUUAAUUAAAUAAAAAAUUAGCAUCAAAAUGCACUUUUUUUCUCCCUCAGUUGAGUUAGACAAGCGUUCUUCUUUUUUAGCAUUAGCUUUAGCUGUUUAUCAUCUGUACAAGAAAACCGAAACCAUCGCCGUGCGCAGAUUAAAAAUGAAGAAUUUACAGAUGUGUCCUCUCAUGAAUAUGCAGAAGAGUCUUCGUGUUUGUCCCAGUUUCCUAAAUUAAUAAAACCUUACAGACAUGCAUGAGAGUCUUGUAUCCAGAUUCCUCCUCUGGCUGUUCACCACUAUCGCUAUUAUUCAUACUGUCUGAUGAUCCGUCUGCUUAUCUCCCUCUGUGUAUCUCUCGUGACUUUUGUUUUUGUUUCCAGGUGUUGCCUGGCUCUCUGUGUUUUUGUUUUUCUGGCUCUGCUCCGCUCCGUGUCCGAGGGAGUAGCGCUGGACUUUCUUUCGUGGAACUUUAAAGCGGGAGUGUAAAAUAAUACGUUGGCUGCAAACACAUCCCCUCUGUUUUAUCUGGAAACGCUGAAGUGUUUCAAAUCCACUCAAGGGUUGGCUGACGCUUUAGCAUUGUUUUAUGAAUUUAUGCCUUAUUUCCUUUCAGCUGUAAAGUCGUGGCUCUGUUUGCAUCAAUCAGCCAUCUUGUUGAACUGCUAAAGUAGCCGGGUAUUUGCUUUUAUCGUCAUGUAAACUGAUUAAAUAGGUUUUUAUAACCUUUAUGUCGAAGGUAUACAUCAAAUCAGGUCAGCGAUAAUCUACUUUGCCCUGACGAAUACCUUCGAGUUAUUGAAGUGGGAGGAUGUGUACUCGUAUUAGGAAAUGUACAGCCCAAAGAGGCUCAUGGAGGUCAUUUCGUGCGUACUCCUGUACCUAGUUUGUCACACUCCUGUGAAUCUCCACUAUAGGAGGUGGUUUAAGUCUCUGAGUUCCAGUAAUGUGGUUUGUCAUCUGCUGCCCCACAGGCUUGGCCUCUUGUCUGCGAGACGGUACCAGUAAUGUGGCCGUCUUUACGCGCUCUCUCACUUAGGUAGCACGUUUCAGAUGGUCAUCAUGGAAAAAAAAGGGUCCGUGAUUGUGAGGAAGCAGGAAGAAGUGUGUGGCAUUGUUGGCAGCUUGUUUGGUAGCAUUGGUGGCAUUGUGGGUGGAGGGUAGAGGGUAGAGUCGGCGUACGUUCGCUCCCACAUUCCAGCUUUUGCGUCAGCGAGUCGAGUCCUGAGGGGGGAUUAAAGGAAACCGUGUCCAUUUACUUCAGAUUUACUCCACUGUUGAUUCAAAUUAAAAAGUUAUAGCUUUCUCUAAAAGUUAAGCUGGGUUUGUUUGUCUGGAGAGGUCACCGUGACCUCUGGGAUUCACUUCCCUCCUGGUUUAUUUCUGGCGCUCUUUUCAGGAACCUCUACUGUAAUGACACUCGUGUUUCACGGUAGAAGAAUCCAGGGUAAACACUCGAAUGAAGCCUGCGGUCCUCUGUGUUUACAGAUGGUCCAGGUUUAUUUAACUAGGAGAAAAUCUGGGUUAAUUAUCAAAAGUUUCCUUUUUUUAUUAUUGACUUUUCCUCCUUUUAUUGAGAAAAGAGGAGAAUAUGGGUCAGUCACAGUCAACGGUCACGUUGAAAAGCUUUGUUCACUUUUAUCAACACUUUUUUUUUUUUUCCUCCCGAAAAGGAUGUCACGCUUUUAAGUAUUGGAGUCCUGGGAGAGAAGUAGGUCAGUGUUACCACAUUAUAUAAGCGUUAGGUAAGACGAUAGCCCAAACCCCAUUUACACUCACGUGCCGGUUAAACUGAUGAACUCUGCGAAUAGCUGGAGGUUUAGCGCCCAUCAGUGGCCGCCCUCAGACACUGCUGAAACGGAUGACUUCAGAGCAGGGCCCGGAGCCAAGGCAUUUCAAGUGUGUGUGUGUGUGUGUUUGUGUAUGAGGGGGAGUCGGUUUGGAGAGACUAAAUAGCUGAAAGAGAAGAAUUCUGGCAGUCUCACUCUUAAAUGUUUUUGGCCGCCAUGAGUCAGCGUUUAAAAUGCCAUAUGCCUUUUUUUUUCCACAGCUUAGACCAGCAUUCCUAAAAUGUCAGGCAUUUAAAAAUAAACCACCAUUACACAUACAUUUAUGAAUCAUACUGUUUCUCAGGCUCGCAUAAAGAGUCUUUUGUUUUUGAGAGGGGAAAAAAAAUAAAAAUAAAAGCUCAAAUCUUUCCAGGUCAAAAUAAAUCUGCACUUAGAGUUUGAAACACGAUAGAGAGAAAUGAUUCAUAAUGAGAAAAUACUGUCAUUAAUUAGCAGUUAAAUGCAACUUGAGUAACUGAUCAAAUGUUGUGAAUUUUAAAAGCAUUUAAAAAAAAAUUCUGCUGGAUCUUGACAUAAAAUAUUUGCUGUAAAUAAUUGAUUCAAUUUUUAUAAAUAAAAAUUGAUUAUAAAUUCACAAAAAAUAAGAAUGAUUGUGCUGAACUUAAAAAUUCAAUUAAUUUUCAUCCAAAUUCAAUGACAUGUAACCAUGACCAAUAACUUAUCUGCAAUCAAUUAAAAUGUUUUACCUUUGAAUUAAAAUACCUGAUCGUACACAAAUUGACCUCCACUUUUAAAACUCUCUGAGGAGGAGAAAAAAAUAUUUUACAGCUUUUACAACAUUUUUAAAAAGAGGCUGUUUUUGUGUCCAUCAAAUUUAGGAACCUCUGAGUUUUUACUGUUAAUUUUUAAUCAAAACAAUCGAAUAAAUUCAGGCUGCCUUUACUGAGUUGGUAAAAAAUGAAAAAGCAAAACUAAAUAAAUAAAUUCAAAAUUAAUCAUUAAGGAUGGAUAUCAGCUCUUAACCUUUUUUCAUUGAUUUGCUUUAGGAGCAUUGAUCUAAUUGCUUUUAAAAUUUACAAUAUUUUAUCAGUUUAUCUGUUUUGGUGUUUCGAUGUUCAUCAAACUUCAUUAAUCUCACUGCAGAUUUGUUUUGACCUGAAAAGUUUUAGCUGUAAUUUUUUUCCCUCUAAAAACAAAAACUUUAACUUUUCAACAUUUUUUUUGUCCUCUUUUUACCUCCAUACACCCUUGAUAUCUUUUUUUACACACUCUUUGAAACAGACUUACAUUUAUUUUCCCCUCUUUUUACCUCCAUACACUCUGGAUAUCUUUGUUUUACACACUCUUUGAAACAGUCUCACAUUUUUUCCCCUCUUUUUUACCUCCAUACACUCUGCGUAUCUUUGCUUUAUGAACUCUUUGAAACAGUCUCACAUUUUUUUCCCUUUUUAACAUUUUUAUUUUAUUUUUUUAUUUGUCCUUUAUUGGCAAAUGGAGGUCAGAGGAUUGAGCAGGAAACAGUGCAUAGAGAGAGCAGGGGAGGACAAGCAGGAAAAAGGCCACAGGGUGGAAUCAAACUCAAGCCGUCCGCAUAUGUGGGGCGUGCCGAAACUGCCGGGCUAUUCUUUUAUUUUUGACAUUUGACUCUUUAUUUUAUUCACAGUAGCAUUGACAGGCAGUUUUGAUUACUUACCAUUACUAAAGAAUACAUUCCUAUCUCAGCUGCAACAGUUUGAGUGCUGUGGAAAUUAUUGAAAAACAUCAAUUCAGAUGGUUUGAAUCCUAUUUUUAAUUUAAAAAAAUAAUACAAAGACAGCAAAUCAAAUGUCAAACUUAAAAAUGUAUUCCCAUUUGUGAUUUUAUGCUAAAAAGUUUCAAGAAAGUAGGGUCAGAGUCAACAAAACACUGAAGAAGUUCAACAAUAUAAUAAUAAUAAUAAUAAAACCACCAGGAGGAUCGUCUACCAACUAAUUAGAUCCAUUUGCAAAAGGUUCAUAUCCUGACUGGGUGUAAAACAGACAUUUAUGAGAGGAGCAGUCUCUCAGGAGUAAAGACGGAAAAAGCUUCACUCUUAAGACUUUUAUUAUUAUCAUUAAAGAUUAUAUGAACAAAGAGUUCAGCGAUUUCAAAAUAAUGUUCCCUAGCAUAAAACUACAGAUAAUUUUAACAUAAGCAGAACAUUAUAUGAUUGUUAUAUUCAAAGUACUUGAAAAAAUCUCUGUACGAAUGAGACAAAGACAAAAUUCAAGACGAAAUGGUUCAUUUUUGACCUUUAGGUGGUAAAACAGACGCGACUCGGUACUUGAAGUCACCAUAUAGACUUGAAAAAACAUUGUCUUUGAGCACAGUUUAGUACUGCAUUAUAAACAAAUCUAGAAUGAGUGUAUAUUUUUCAUAAAAGCUGUAUAUUUUUAAGUUAGAAAACACGAUACAUUUUUUGCACCUUUUUUUGAACUAAAUCAAGAGUUUUAAUGAUGCGCAAACCACCAAAUUCUGUUUUUGAAUCAACAUUAUACACAGUAUGUUUGUAAUUGGGGGUUGCAUGAUCCUGUCCUAGUCAUAAAUAAGUUUUCAAUAACGUUAAUCUGACUGAUCUUGAUAAAUGCUCAGUACAGGAUGACCCCUGAUGAAAGUUUCAGUUAUGAGACCGAUCAUCUCUGUGCGUCAUCACAUUCGCACGUGUUUGUCAUUGUCAUGUUGAGCCAAAACCGCACACAGGUGAAGGUGCAGCCAUUCCAAGAGAGCCUCAUUUAUUUUCUUUGUUAUGCAUUUUUGCGUCCUGUCAUACAACCUGGGUGUGGUUUCCUCGUUCACGUUUAGAUUCUUCAUGAAGCUUAAUUGAAAUAUUUGUAGCGAGCCGAUCGAAAACACAGGAAAACAAACCUGUUUUUCUGUGAGCGAACAAAAAGAUCCUUAAGCUCCUUAAUCUCACCCACUUGAUUGUUCUUGUUGAAUCCUUUUCAUUAACUGCUUGAUGUGUGACUCAAAGCGUCGAGGAGAUCCGAGUAAGAGAAUAAAUUUAUAGUGAAUUUAUAGAAAGCUCACCUGCCCGCCAACAGAGACCUAAGGGCUGGUGUGUUCAUUCCCAGUCGCUCACAUCACUGCGAUGGUUGUUUUUUUAAUGUUUCAGAUCCUGCAGCAGAGGAGGAGGGCCCGAGCCAAGCUGGGUCUUCACUGCCAGCUGUCGAUGUGCCAAGGAAAAGAAAGGGAGAUGUGGAGGAGAGGUCGAACACCUCUGCAGAGUAAGAGGAGUGCUAUGUUGUUUGUGAAGGACAAUAAACCUAUUUAAUUUUCUAUCUGAUUUCAUAUAAUAUACAUAUACUUAGUUUUAAUAUGUCUAUUUGAUCUGACAGGCAAAGCCUUGACUUUCAAAUGGAUGAUGAUCUCAGCAGGUAAAGCUGCUUCUUAAAUUUACUCAAACAUUUUAUUAAAUGAGAACACAGAACAGAGAUUUUAACAGAUGAUGUUUUCCUCAUGCAGCAGAUCUGAAGGGGAGAACACACAAGUCAAAAUGAAAUGCUUCAGGUAUUUAAAUGUUUAAAUAUGUUAACACAUUUAUCUUCUAUCCACGUGUUUAUGACCUUUUUACGAUUGUAAUAAAUUCUUGUGGUGUUGACCGUCCGCCCCGGACCCACAGGGAGCCUCACAGCCAGAUUGAGAAGCGGCGAAGAGAUAAAAUGAACAACCUCAUAGAUGAGCUCGCUACCAUGAUCCCCGCCUGUCAGCCUUCGUCCCGGAAACUUGACAAACUCAGUGUGCUGGGGAAGGCUGUGCAGCACCUGAAAGCCAUCAAAGGUGACCCAUUUACAGGAGUUUUAAAGACUUUUACUUUCUAAGAAGUUUUUAAAAUCAGUAACUUUACUUUUACUCAAGGAUUUGAAAGUGUUGUAUUACAUUGAACAAAGUUACUGAAUAAAAAAUACUGCUAAAAUAUACAAACUUUUUAUCAACUUCACUGUCUACGAUGAGUAAAAUCUAAUUACACUCUUGAUUGAAGCAAUGUUGGCUAGACAAGUCCAAAUACAAAUCUUAUCCCAAGAUGUUUUAAACCUUAUUUUUGCUCAUAAUAACCAGCCUCUCUACUCACCCAGACGUGAUCGUUGUGUGCAGGGACCGUCUACAAAGUAUAGCAACCUGUUAAAAUACUGCAAAAGUACAUAAUAGCUCAUCUCUCAGGGUUCCUAUACAAGCACAUUUCACCCUGUACUAUCAAUAAAAAAGGCAAAAAUUGAAAGAAUUUACUUAAAAAUAAAGUAAAGAAAGUAUGAAAAUAAAUUUGAUCAAUUUCCAGGUCUUAAAAAGUAUGGAAAAUGAAAAAUAAAGUACGGAGAAAUAUUAAUGUUUCCAGACUAUUACCACAGUUCUAAAAUACUAGUUUCUAAAAAAGAAAAGUAGGUAUUUCCAAAAAUAAUUCUUAAAAGUAGGGUAUGGAAAAGUGUGUAGUGUCCAACUGUGUAGGAACCCUGAUCUCUGGAAAAGCCAGAGUCAAAAUAACUUAACAUAUUCAUGCUGUGCCUCCUCAAUCCACCUCAACUCCUUUUAAAAACCAUCAGUCAGUACUUUUAGUUCAAAUCAAAGAAGGGACUUUUUUAUUUUUACUUGUAGUUUAACUGUAACUUAACUUUUGAGUAGAAUAUUUUAGCUCUCUGUCCACACCUGCUAAACCGGCUUGUCUCUUUCUCUCCUGCGUUUUUCAGCCGGGACAGGCAGCGCCUUUACACAAUCCACCUGCAAGCCUUCCAUCCUGCCUCACGAUGACCUCAGACUCCUUCUACUUCGGGUAACGGCUCGGAUGACCUCCAAUCUUCAUGUUUGGUUUUAACAUGUUUAUUUAUUUAUUUAUCUCUUCAUGUGUCUGAUAUCUUAUCCACCAGGCUGCAGAUGGUUUCCUCCUAGUUGUAAGUUGUGACCGGGCCAAAAUCUUGUUCAUCUCCGAGUCAGUCUCCAAGAUCCUCAACUUUAAACGGGUGUGUUGCAUUGUUUUUGCAUUUUGAUGACUCUUUUUUUCUCAUUAAUAUAUGCUCGAUAUCUCACCUAAAAAUGAUCCUUUCUUGAAGUAUAGAGCCGCAAAUUUGACCAGGUACACUACUUAAUGAAAAGUUAUUUUAAAAUGAUGUAAUGCUGUGUUUAUUUUUCAGCCAUUACAGGUUUCUCUUGGUGUUUUAAAGUUAUCUAAACAAGCAUAGAUCCAAUGCUUAGACAUAGACGAGGCCUGGUGUAAUUAAAAGAGUGUUGCUGCGUUCCGGUUGUACUCGGAAGUCGGAAUUUUCUAGCUUUUCCAAAACUUUAUUUCAGUUCUUCAGCAAUGAAUCAAGACUUUGCAAAAAAAGAAAAGAGAAGGAAAAAGUUAUGAUAUAAAUUAUGACAUUGGGAUCAUACAUCCAGUUCUGAUCUUAGCUAGGCUUCGUAGAAAGUCAUCGGACUUCGAAGAGACAUGCAGAUGAAGUCAGUAAUGGGUCGGUCAGUUAAAGACGGCAUCUAGAUGUCAGUGUGACGUGCAAAAUAGGUUAGAAAUUUUGACGUCCAAAUCGGACCUUUUUCAGACGUCACUCUGAUGUUUAGAAUUUGGACGUCAUCUGAAGACCAAAUCUAGACAACGUGCAAAAUGGAUCCAAGAUUUAGACCUCAUUAUUGGACCUCCUUUUAGACGUUGAAAUGACGUCCACACUUGUACCUCAUUGUCAAAAAAAUACGGUAAACAGAUGUCAUUUCGAUGUUGCAUUGCGCAGUGGUUUGAAUCGCUUUCCUAUUCGUUAGUCCAGUUAGUGUUUUAAAAUAUAUCUUGAUUUCACUUUUAAACUGGUGGAUAUUGUUUUUUUUUUUUUUUUUACAUUUAUGGGUAUAGAAUCUUCCAUACAAAGUAAAAAGGUUUGACAAACAAAUAUAACUUAGGCCCAGAAAAGUCGGACGAUCCCCGCCAACCCCGACUUGACGACAACGUCAUAAUCCAAGAUGGCAGCGCAGUGCAUCAACAGUUAAGAGUAACAGUAAAAGCUCUCGUAAUGUAUUAUUUAUUAGCACUUCUGUUUUGUUUUUUUGUGAAAUUAGGUAAGUGGUUUAUGCUGUACUGCCCAACGUCGAACUGUGAAUACGUUGCGACGAUGUUUGUAUUAGUAAAAUACUGUGUUAUGCGUUGUUUACAACUGGUAGAGCUAACAACAACAAACAACAGCUAACAACGGCUAACGACAGCUAACAACGGCUGACAGUUGGCGUCCAUCUUGGUUUUCCAACUUGCUAACUAGAACGCCGUCAACUCGGUUGUAACGUCAUUCCCAGCUCCGACUUCCGAGGUAAUUUGAACGCAGCAUAUAUUCUGAGAAACUGGACUUGAAUAUUUCUCUAGGCUGAAUGUUAUCAACGGUCUUAUCAGUCUGUUUUUCUAAUGUCUCUGUCUCAAAGUAGCUCAAAAAUCAUGAAUAUGUUUUUCUCCAGCUACAGGGAGGAACCUCAAAGUAUUUGUUAAUUUUUGUUGUUCAGGAAAGCAGGAGGCAAACCUACAUUUUCUUGUUUUGAAACUCAAUAAAAAAAAAUCCCAGUGCUCCCGGUACGGGCAUCAGUUUUUGCUGUUGCCACAUAAUUGCUUUGUGGUUAAGGACCCAGGUCUUUAUAACCGAGUCUCUUCUAAAUUGUCAUGAGGGACACACAACUGUGCGAGUCAGCAGGUUUAAUGAGGAAGCAAAAACACAUGAAACAUUUUAUUGACGCCCUAAUGAAGGCCUGAUAAUACUGCGAGCAAACACCAGUUUAUGACUGUAUUUUAUACAGGAACAACAAUCUCUUUCAUGCAUUUUUAAUGCUAGUUUACUGUGUUUGCCCGCCUUAAUGAUAACCACACAGGCUCCUCAUACUCGACCACAUUCUUCAGCAGAGAGGACAGAGGAGAAAUCCGACUCCAUGUCUGCAGGGCAACAUGUGUUAUUUGGGAGGUUACCAGUAAAACUUGACUUUACACACAUGGCAGCAGUUCUCUCUUUGGUUAGUUUCAGGGAUCUCACCAUAAGUGCAGACUCAUUAACUGUACGACCAAGUUUGCACAGUGAUCUGGACUGUAAGAAUCUUAGGAGAGGAUAUACAGUCCUUUAUUUUUAGUUUACUUGAGCAAACACACGUAGGUCUGACAGAAUAAAUGAAAGUCUGUAAUCUGGAUUAACAGGUGGAGCUGACAGGACAGAGUUUGUUCGAUUUCAUCCACCACAAAGACAUCAACAAGGUGAAGGAGCAGCUGUCGUCUUCGGAGUCACACCCUCGCCAACGCCUCAUUGAUGCUGCAAGUAUGUCUGAUAACACGUCAGGGUGACACUGGAACAUCAGCUUUGGUAGGCGGCCAAAUUAUAAAGCAAACACUGUGUCUCGUUUUUUUUUACAGCGGGGGUUCAGGUCCAGGGGGAGGCCCCCGCCAGACCGUCCAAUUUGUCCAGUGGAGCCCGGAGAUCCUUCUUUUGUCGGAUGAAGCACAGUCGGGGGUCGGGGAAGCACGAAGACAAACAUUUGCUGCCGAGUACUUCCAAAAAGAAAGGUUUGUUCAGACUCGAUUUCUGAAGGCGGCUGACGGCAUUAACCCAAACGUUUUCAGCUGUCGCAGCAAAUGUUUCAUGACGUCAUAGGGACAUUUUGUGGAGCGGAUUCAUUCACUCACCACUGAAGAAGUCAGAAACACCAAUGCAGACCUCAUAUCACUUAUCCAAGCAGCAGUAAUGACCACUUUCACGAAUCUCCCCUUUAAGCGUUUUUCCAUUGAACCGCCCACCUCUUCGCCUCCAGUCAGCAUUUCCAAUAUGGUGGCCAGUGUGUGACAUCACUGAGACUCUGACCAUGUUUUUUACACUGCCGGAGUCUUUCUACCUGAGUAAUCUGCUCACUCUCAGUCCUCUUUUUAAGAUUUAAAGCAUCCACACAGAUUACCUGAAUUAAAAGACACCAUCCAGAUCCCAACACAUGUAGCUAUUAAAGGGAUUGUUUUUUCUAGAUGAGGUUGUAUAAGGUACUUGUAAGUGUACCACCCACAGGGGAUGCUGGUUGGCUCAGCCCCCUUGUUGAGAAACCAGCUGGAGAACAGGAACACAAGCUAAGCUAUUAAGCACUACAGACAGAGUCGACUCUAUCACGUGAUUAUGACUGUUUUUAAAUAUAAACGAUGCAAUCAGCUGAUCUCAGACAUAUGUUCAAAACAAAUUUGACUUUUAGAGAAAACAUCCACAUGCUUCUGUGACAACAUUCUUUAUAAUACUUAAAUUUUGCUCCUUGAACAAGGUGCGUUAUAGGAAAGCUGAGUUUUCCUUUGAUCUGCUAAAACUCAGAACAGGGACGAGAGGUAGAGUAGUUAAGCUGGUUUAAAGGAGGGUACAGGAAGGUGGACGUAUUCCCAGUAUAGUAAAUAUAAGUUGACCAGUGUUGUUGUCUUCGAGUUGCUAAUGAUGUCCAACCCUCCAAAUCGUUAAAGAUGCAAUGGUGAGUGAAAAAAUGAAAUAAAGUAGAUAGAGAUACAUGCGUACAGAGUAUAUCACCAUAAUCAAUCAAAAGUGUAAGUGAAGGCUCCACACAUUUUUAAAUCAUGAUUGAUUUCUAAAAUAAGACCUGAGCUUCACUGAGAUUAAUUUUUAAUUAGAUUAUUAAUAACAGGGUUCCUACACAAGUAUGGAAAGUAUGGAAAAGUAUGUAAGUAAUUUGAUCAACUUCCAGGUCUUAAAAGUAAAGAGUGUCUGAAAUGCCUUUUGUGACAGACGGAGUGUGGGUGUAGAUGACUGUAUCAUCAGCAUAGAGGUGUAUGUUUGCUCUAAUUUAGAGAACAGAAAGGGGCCCCAGAAUAGAACCCUGUGGAACACCUUUCAUAAUCAGAAAUCAGAUUUAUGUCUCUCUGCUUAGAUGCACUAAGUUCGAUCUGUAAAAUUUUUUAUUUUACUUUUUUAAAUUAUAACAUGUUAUUGUUUUGCUAUUCUGAGUGAUCUAUCUAAGCUAACAAAGUAUCACUUUUUAGGGUUCCUACACAAGUAUGGAAAUAAAUUUGAUCGAUUUUCAGGUCUUAAAAAGUAUGGAAAAUGAAAAAUAAAGUAUGGAAAAAUAUUUAUGUUUCCAGACUAUUACCACAGUAAAAAUACUGUUUUCCAAAAUAGAAAAGUAGGUAUUUCCAAAAAACAAUUCUAAAAAGUAGGGUAUGGAAAUUCCAACUGUGUAAGAACCCUGACUUCAUGAUGAAUCCAAGUCAUUUUUUAUUUGGCCUUAAUAAAGACAACAGAGCUCUACUUUAGGUUGAACUAAACAGACAGGAACCUUGACUUCUAUUCAGUUCAAUAAAACCCAUGUUCUUGUCUGGUUCUGUUGCUCAACACAGUGCCCUGCUUUCUAGCACGGUAAAUAGUCCCAAAUGAUUUCCUCAUUUUGAGAAACAGAUGGAUGGGUUGUUCUGCUGGAGGCGACUCAACAAGUGCCAGAAAAGUUUGAACGGUCCCUAACCUACUGCUGCAUCUAUAAUCUUAUAGAUAAACAGACGUAGAUCAGGCAGAAUCUAGAUCCAAACAAACAGAAGGUAAAUAAACAGAACAGACACAGCUACUGUUGAUAAGUGCUAUUUAAGGGUUAUUUUUACCUUUCCCUCUCUGGGCCACUCGAGGUGAAUUGGCAGAGAGUAAACUGUCUGACUGAGUCAUUUUUCGAAUGCAUCGGAGGAGUUUGGUUUUAUAUAAACACUCGUGUUUGAUUCUUGGAGCUGCAGGGUUCCGUGGUCCAAACAGAUGAGGAAGACCGAGGACGGUGUACCAAAAGAUUAACGAGACAUUCAAAUGUGUUUCGAGGAAAUGAGGUCAGUGUAAGGGCAGCCGGUGGAAAACGUAUUCCCUAACUGGUCUGCCUGUGAGGAAAUCAGGAAAUUAUCUGAUCUUGUCCUGCAGGAGGACAGGUGGGAGGAGGAUGAGUGUGGGUGUGGGAGGGUUGUGACUCUCUCUGCCAGUCGGUAAAAGUUUAAUAAGGUUGAUUGUGAGUGAGGGAGUUAAAACUUUAUUUAUGAGGGAUCUCCAUGGAAAUAAAAACACAACUUCCUGAUCCUGAGGCUGUUUAUUUAUGGUUAUAACUCAAGACUGAGAUAUGUGAAGCAUCUCCAAGCCAAAGAAACAAAAGGACCCUCUGUUAUCCAUUAAUUGUUGAUUUUCAGGCACACAUGUACACUAGUCUGUGUUUUUUUUCUUUCAGCUUCCUGUUUGAGUUCGGAGUUUGAUUAAAGUUUUUUUAUUUCCAAAACAGUCACGGUUUAAAACCAGCACAUGAAGUAGGUCAGUGUUUCACCAUUGUAUAACCACUAAGUAGGAAGAUGGUCCAAACCUCACUUACUGUAAGGCAGAAAAGAGGGGGCAUGGCGCCUCCCAGUGGCCUAUUUGUGCAACUGCACAGACUGUAGUAGUAGCUUUCGAUACUCAAAACUGAAGUAUGCGAUCUUAGGUGUCUCUGCAUUUGUCCCCUGACAAACGCCUUAUUAUGGUAUUUAAACUUUCUUGUUUAAAAGUUUUUUGUUUUCUUGGUUUGAUUUUGAAAAAUAUUAAAAUCCAUUAUUGAUUUUACAAGCAGCAGAUGGAAAACAGUCACAUUUACAAUCAACACAAGAGGAAUAAGUAAGGAAUCACUUUUUUUUUUUUUUUUUUAAAGAAUGAAACCACAAUAUUAAAUCUGAAUAAUAACGUAACAUUAAAUUGAUAUGCACAAUCAAUUAUAAAACUGUAGGUCAUUUGAUUGGUGUUUGAAAACAGAGAUUAUAGCUGCUUUGAAAGGUAAUAAAUCCUUUCUAGAGCCCCAAAGUUCACUGAUAAGAGAGUCAAAUCUCAAUUCAAUGUAAUGCAGUAAAAGCAAUUCAUGUAAAAUAUACGAGAUACUUCUACCUUCAAUUAUUCCAUCAUAUAAUUCUUCUUUUUCAGAAAAUAUAUCUGAUUUACAGUCAAAUAGUUCUUGCAUGAGGUUUGGAUUUCAUUUGAAACUGCUAAAAAAAAAUCUGUUCUCCUUUACUAAUGCUCCAGUUAUAGUCGUGGUUCUGAUUGACUGUUAUGAACAACAACAAGCAGGAUAAAUGGACGCAAUUUUUUACACUUAUUCUGGUAAAAUUAUGGGGUCUCUCUCUCUCUCUGUAAUCUUGCUCACCCCGACUAAAACUGCAAACUGGUUUAGUCCAAAUUGACAGGAUUGAUCAGAUCAAACAAAGUGAGUGAUGCUUCAGAGACGUGUGUCCAACAAAGAAAGCAAAUUCAGGAUAUUAAAACACAUUCAGCUUCUUUCCCAGUGACCGAGUUCAGUCUAUUUAAAUCAACAGAUUCAGUCUAAUCUGUAGAAUUCUAUCAUUUCUUAUGUUUUCACGGCUCAUCUGAAUUAAUUAGUGUUGCCAUUAUAAUCGAUGAACCUUCUGUUUUUGUUUCCACAGACACUAGCAGAUACUCUACCCUCUACUGCACUGGAUACAUGCGGAGUUGGCCGAGCAGCCAGCAGGACACAGAAGGGGAUGCAGAGAAGGAAACCUCGAACCUGACCUGCCUGGUCAUGGUGUGCCGCCUCCUCCCUCACCCUUCACACCAGCCUUCCAAAGACAUCAACGUCAAGCCCUCAGAGUUCGUCACACGCUGUGCCAUCGACGGCAAGUUCGUUUUUGUAGACCAACGGUGAGUCUCAGUCUUUGUCUCUAAUUCUCUAAAUGACUGCUGAGCGUCACACGAAAAGAGAAUCAGACAAAAAUACUCAUCUUCUCGUCUGCUCUCUGCCCCAGAGCCACCACAGUUAUCGGUUAUUUGCCGCAAGAAAUUCUUGGCACUUCGUGUUAUGAGUACUUCCACCAGGACGACCUGCAUCAUCUGGCAGAAAAACACAGGCAAGGUGAUGGAGCAAAGAUGCCACAGGGGGCACCUUGAGUCCUAUAUCUUGAAUAAUCUUUUGGGUAAUUUUACCCAAAAAACAAGCUAUUAAUAUUUGAAAGAAAGAGAAAUUAAACUUUUGUCUUUUAACUCCAUUUUUUCCUCUUUUUGAAAACACUUGUGUCUGAUCUUUUGGCAGCACUACAAAGGAAAGAGAAGAUUGAGACACAAUCCUACAAGUUCAAAACAAAAUACGGCUCUCAUGUUUCACUCCAAAGUCAGUGGUCUAGUUUUACAAAUCCAUGGACCAAAGAAGUUGAGUUUAUCGUGUGUUUAAACAGGGUCGUGUCGUAAGUAGUCUCUCAUUUCUGAGUGUUUGAUUUGGACUUUUAUUGAAACUGAAAAUUUCUCACUUACUUUAGCCAACUGAUUUUAGUAUACAUGAUGUAAUACCUCUUUUUACCACCAGGGGGUCUGGUCACACUAAAGAAGAAGAAGCAGGCAGCUCAAAGACACCACAGGGUGAGAAGUACCUGCUGUUUAUUCAUGUAGGAGGCUGAUUCCUGUAUCUACUUGACUGACUUUUACUUUGCCCUUUUUCCACAGAAGACCCAAAACAAUUACCCAUAAUUCCUGCCCUAUCAACCAGUGCGGGGACUAUGAUUUACGCAGGCAGUAUAGGGACCCAAAUCGCAAAUGAACUCAUAGACACUUAUAGGUGUGUUUUGUUCUCGUGUCCAUGGUUUCAAAUACAUAUAAGUGUAUAAAUAUUAAUGAUGAUUCUCAUAUUUAAGAGUUUUAAAAUCAUCUUUUGUGGUUGUUCCUGAUCAGGGUAAACUCUUCUCCAUCAAGCGGGGCUUCCAGUCCGUUUGGCACCGUCCAGGAGAAAGGCCUGGUGGUUUCGCCUCAAACCAGCAGGAGUGUGAGUGACCUCUUUAUCAUUACAGCACAUUAAUUGUAUUAUUAAGUGUAUUAGCCACAGUGGAUGAUGGGCAGUUCUGCUCCAAUAUGAAGAUACUGCAGGGGAGGCUGACCCUAAUAUCAUGUAAAAGUGAGAUGUAAAAAUAUCAAUAUUCAGAGGAGCACAUAUAUGUGCUUUGUGGUGCAAUGGUGCGAAAACGAAAUGACUUUCUGACACUAAAGGAAAGUGUUGAAAAAGGAGGAGUAUAGAUUAAAACAUCAAGAUGAGUGUUUGGGUUAGUUUGUGUCAAAAUAAGCAUAACUAAAGCAGACUUGACCUUAUCUGCAGAGAACUGUUGGUCCAGAUCGCCUGCUGAGUCUCCCAGCAAAUGGGAAGAACUGAUCAGCAUGUAGUGACAUGCAAUCUCACGUCAAAAUGCUGAAAUAUCCCUUUAAUUUCAACACUAUCUGGAUGAUAAAACUCCCCAAAUCUCCUGUUGCUAACCACGGUUUAUUCCUGACAAGACUCUCUGCCAACUUUUUUCAAAACAAACUUUUUCCUAAACCAACCUCCUUUUUUUUUUUUUAAAUAAAUGUUGUAUAAACGUUUUUUCCAGCUUAGUUUAGAUGCAUACCGUAUAAGCUCAUACGGCAAUGACAUUCUUGCAUGUUUCAGAGUAAAUGUAAAGUGACUCACCGGCAUGUUAUUCAUGCAAAAUAUGGUGCUGAGCGAAAUCCAUAUGCAAAUGAGUCCUCGGCUCUCAUAAAUGUGAUGUUUUUGAAUAAUCUGACGCUGACAUUGGGGAGAUCUGAUGAUGCCAGCAUGUAAUAUGGGAGUCAACUGAACGGGUCAUCCUUAACAACUGACUGAGCCGGUAAUGAAACAUGAUGUUAACUGAAGAUAAGAAGUUUAUUGAUCCCCAAAGGAAAUUCAAUAAGAGCAUUCAGACAAUUUUCUGAACUUUCUGGUUGGUUUCUACUGUCCGAUAUUGUAGCACGCUAACUUUGUUUGGGCUUGUGAACGACACGGGGGAGCAGUUUCUGCCUCACAACCAAUCAAUGGCGGAGAAUGGCUUUGUUUCUAGUCAGAAAGAGCGGGCCACUCAAAAAUUUUCAAAUGUUGACUAUACAGACGUAACUAAACACAGCGAUAUCGUUAUAUUCCCAAAUAUCAUCAAUAACUUAUAACUAUUGACUGAUAUUAAAAGCUUUUUUGUUUGUACACCACAAAUAAAAGAUGCUUCUUUAACGGAAUCCUGCCUACCCCACCUUUUAAAUGGAGAGAGGUGAAUUAUGAGGUCCUGUGCAGUGUUGUAACCUUCCGUGACUGUUUCCAGGCGUCCAGCAGAGAGGAGGCAGCAGGCAGUUCAUCACAGUCCCAGUCAGAAUCAGGGGCAGCAGCGGGCACGAGCAGUGGAACCUCAGAAAGUACAGGUACUGUGUCGAAUUACUCGAACUGUAUAGUCGCCAUGUUUGGGUCUAUAGGAAGGUACAACCGUUCAUCAUCUGUAUAGAAAGAAAUCAGACACCAUGUUUAUUCUUGUUAGUAUAAAAAUACAGAGGUCAGCUAAACAGUCAGUCACCCUCGCCUCUCUUCCCCUCAGGUGAGCCGUCCCAGCUGGACUUGGACAGCAUGGUGGUCCCGGGCCUGAGCAACUUCAGCAGUGACGAGGCGGCCAUGGCGGUCAUUAUGAGUUUGCUGGAGACCGACGUGAACAUGGGUCAAAUGGGGGACAUAGAGCAGUUACACUGGCCUUUCUAGAGGGGGCACAGACAUUCAGCCCCUAUUUCACACUCUUGUGCCGAUUUCUUGCCGUUUGCCAAGAAAUCUAGGACUUUCAGUCGUUUGUUAUUUGAUCGGCUGAUCUGGCCUUGCACAACUGAACUCACUGAACACACACCAAAGGUCGCAACAUGUCGCACAUGAGGAAGCCUAAUAGACAGAGGAGUAAGUAUAUAGGAAUUUUUAUGACUGUGAUUCUCUUUUUGGUCCCUCUGACUUGAGAAAAGCUACUUCUUUGUGUCUCCGGAGCCUGUGGUGAUUCAGUGUCUUCCUCAGUGACAGUGACAGCUCUCGCACAGACUUCCCGCAGCAGGACGACUUACCUUUUCUCUCCUCUUGCCCCCCAGUGAGUGACCAGGGUCUGGGGGACGAUCAGACUUCUGCCAUUUGCAGUGCUGCUACAGAAAAAACCUUUUGACAUUUGCGAACCCUUCGGUACCCAGUAAUGAUUCAGAUGUUUUUCAUACCAUGGUCGGAUUGUUCAGUUUUUUUUUUUUACGCUGUUUUUUUUAAACAACCCCCUCCAGAAAUAUUUAAGAUUUCUCUGUCAGCAGUGUUUGUCCGAUAUUGUGUCCAGUAAGAGCUGAGGAAGGCAAAGAAAAGACCGUCUAUCCCCUUCUUUGUGUCAAAGAGCAGUCGAUUCUUAUGGAUGUAUCUCCCACGCCACUGCAGGUCAAGCUGAAAGAUAUUGUACAACGGCAGCAACACAAACGUUUAUGCAGAUAAUCCUCAAAUGUCUUAAAGUUAAAAUAUAUGUAUAUAUUUAGGAAAACAUGUCCGAUGGUUUAGGUUUUUACUAAACUGGCCAAACAUAUAAUGAUCCUAUCAGAACACAAAAGCCUGGCUCAGUCCAAAAAUUAACACUCCCGUCAUAAUAACAGACUUAUUGUACUGAUGUAACCUGCUUAUUGAGGCACAGGCAGGUAUUUAAAAGCACCCCUGAAUUACAUGGAGUUUGUGCCCAAUAGAUUUAUUUACAAAUAUACUUUUCUUUUAUUCUGGAGAUGUUUUGACUGAAGUGUAGUGCAACACUUACAUAUUUAGUCAGACAAAGGCCCGUGUUAUUACCACAUAUUUAUUUUUGAUAUUCAAACGCAGUGGUAAUUAACAGAAAAAAGUAGGGUCACCGACAAGAAAAACUGUGCUUAAAAUUAACGUUUUUUAAUCAGACUAUUUUAGAAUUAGGAUUUUCUAAUUUUUUUUUUAAUUCUAAAUUUUUCAGGAAAUUCCUUUUUUUUUUUUUUUCUCAGGAUUCUGAAUUUAAUCUUGGAAUUACCUUUUUGAAUUCUAAACAAGUCAAAAUUCUGACUUUUUCUUUAAUAAUUCUGUCUUAAAAUUUAAAUUUGGAUAAAAAUAGUCAAAAUUCUGUUUUUAAAUUUUGAGAUUUAAGUCAUAAAUCUGAAUUUUUUUCAAAACUCUGACUUUAAUAUCAAAAGUCUGAAAAAAGUCACAAUUCUGACUCGUAAAUUUUGAGUUGAAGUUUAUAAAUCUGAUUAUUAUCAUACUUUUUUUCUCAAAAAUUUGUCAGUUAAGAAUUUUAAGAAAAAAAAGUCAGAAUUCACAAUUUUUGAAAUGAGAUAAAAGUCAGAAUCCUGAAUUAAAACUUUAACUUCUAAGAAAAGAAGUUUCUUUUUUUUAAAACAAUGAAAAAAAACAUCAAAGUUAUAUUUUCUGUUAAGAUUCAGAAGUUAUUAUCUUCUAUAUUCGUCUAUCUUCUGAAUUCAGUCUUUUUAAAUUUGGCUUCUCCCCUCCCUUUCUUCCUUCAUAGUUAACAGACUGAUCAUCAGACAGACACAGAGGCGACCUGUGAUUCCUGAAGUCGAGCAACAAGCCACUAAAAUAUGGAUUUAUUAUAUAAACUCAGAGUUAAACUCACUUCUGCUCUAACCCUCCUUUGUUCAGGUGGUUUAGUCCCCUAGCUCUCUAAGUAGUGUUUCCUGUUCAGUAUUGAUAAGUACGGUUCAGGGUGUUCAGUAGAUUUUAGUGGGCUGAAAAGUUAUGUCAAACAUACCACAGAUAACAGGGUCACAGGAGUAAAGGUAGUACUUCUAAUAAGUACACAUAAUUAAAUAUAUGACUAUAAACUGUAUAAUUGAUGCUUUAUUGGGUUAAUCACUUUGUUAUAAAAUGUGGAUUCUCCCUAUCCUCCACUUACCUGUAAUCAUCCCCAUAAUACUGAGAGCUCAUGUAUGAAUCCAGUAACUUUGCAAAAACAGCAUAUCUGGAGUUUGGUCUGCCCUGAACUUGGCGCUGUAGGAGGAAGAAAAAAUUGCUUCGGGCCGGUUUCUUAAUGAUUAGUACUUGAAUAUUGAGUCCUGUUUACAGUUUGGUCCCAGUUAGCUUCACAUUCAACUUUCUGCCAAACCUCACACAAAUACGACCCUGUUCGAUCCACGAGGUUCAACCCUGAAGAAGUAGAAAUCAAAACCGAAGAACUUCCUCAGUUUCGAAAGCGUAACCACUUACUGCAAACACAACUUCAAGUAUCUUUGUGUAUUUAUACGGGAGGUUUCUCUUUCCCCCCCUUUGCACUUGCGUGAUUUGCAUCUUGGACCAUAUUUGUCUACCAGUUUUAUGAAUCAUGCCAAUAUUUAAGGAAAUCUUUAUGUGAGCGGAGAAAUGUGGCAGCAGUGUGCGAGGUGAAAACCACACUUUAAUUCCAGGAAGGAUUCACGGAGAAAAAAAACGUGUGCAUGUUCAAUCGGAGGGGAGUAUCGCUCUGUCUAUUUUCAUUUACGAAUGUGUACUAAAUAACUGAGCCCUCGUAUGCCUAUACUGUGUGUUCACAUAUCAGCUCUCCAGUGAGGUCUGGAAAAACUCCUGGAAAAAUAUGAAAUGUCCGUCGUCGAUGGGAGAAUGUGUGCCAGAGUUGACAAGGGACAAGCCGACAUGUUUCAGCGAGGACAUGUAUUAAUGCAGUCGUGUCACGUCUUUUUAUACCUCUACUCCUCACGCAUUAUGUAGCCCCAUGUCGGUAUUUAAACAAACCUAUCACUACACAGAAUUUAGCCAUCGUAGUUUUGUUACUAAGGAUACAGUAAUAUUGCAGUUUAUCUAUUUAUCUAUGAAUGUUCAACCACAUCAGCGGUGUCUUUUAAAAGAAAUCCCACCUUGAUCCAUCUCUGAUCUCUGUGGUAGCUUUUUACCUUCCUGGGAAAAGUCGUGCAAAAUUUCGUCAAACCCCGACGACCUAGUGAAGAUGUACAUUAUGCAUCCUUGUUGCCUGGAUUGUACUGCAACUAUGAGAGCGUUUGUGUUCGUGGCAAAGGGGUGAGACCACAAUCAUGUAGAAACACAACAAGCGUUUCCUAUUAUCUCAAAUAUCACACCAUGUUCACAAGGCGGCCAUCUUGCUCUGACUGUACGCGCAGGGUACGACGCUCAAAUGCUUUAGAGCCGCUUGGUUUUGGUAAAUCUGCAUCUUGUUUUCUUCGAUGUUUAGCGACAGAAAAGAUGAUUGGUAGUAAAAAUCUUGAGGACCUUAUUAUUUUCAAGUGAAAACAACAUGUUAGCCUUUUGUUAGUGUUCGUGUUCAACCACUUCUUUGCUGACUUUACCUUUUUAUAGUGUUUUGGGACGUGUCGGCGAAAGCUGCAUUUGGCAGCUAACGGAAAAAGUUAGCUAACAGUAUUGUUAAUCGGUUGAAUGUUAAAGUCAGUUUGUGUGACUUGCUUGUUACUGGCUGACAGGUUAUCAUCAUGUUGUUUUACUUCGAAAUACGGUCAGAGUUUUUCUUUCCAUGAUUUUUUCAAACUCAUUGUUUGACUGUGUAAAUGUCGAGGUUUCUUUAUUUUUAAUUUGCUUUAGAAACUCUUAAAAGCAUUUGAACGUCACACCCCGAGUCAGAGAAAAAGCGGGUGCGCUAUGAAUACGGUCAAUAAUUUCAUAGUCGUAUUUUAACCUUGUAUACGAGUAUGUGAGGUUGGAUCUUACUUUUAAACUCUGGCCUUCAUAGAGCAUGUGUAAACUCUGGUUAUAUCACUGGUUCCUUUAAUCUUGAAAGCAUAAUGUGAUUGUGUUGCCUUGAACUUGUUGCGGACAAGGUGCAAUUGUAAAUCAACCGUUAUGUUCUGUCCUUGGCUUUAAAAGCAUGACUGUUGGUACUGGACAGUGUUUUCUGUUGCCAUCAGUGCUAAUUUUAAAGGGCACUUACGCAUAUUGAAUGUGCCCCGCUAUCAAAAGAGAAAAUGUCUGCUAUUUGUAUGUAUAAUUUGUCAUUAAUGUGUCUGCUGUACAAAGGAAUUGAAGUUGAAGUAUUUGAAAGUAAAGACUUUUUCAGAAAA